AUGACCAUAGUCCUCACCCCCGUCUGGCACAACGGUGUCCAGAAGCUCAAGGUCACCUCCCGCCCGCCCCCCGCCCGCCCCGCCAAGGGCCUCCUUCCCGUCGCCUUCAACGAGGAUGUUCACUAUGCCCGCUGCAUGGCCCAGCUCCGGUCCAAGGACAAGGACAUCGAGAAGAACAUCUACCUCACCCAGCUCAAGGAUGCCGACCUCAACACGUUCUACCGCAUCUGCCUCAACAACAUGGCGGAAAUCACUCCCCUCAUCUACACUCCCACCGUCGGCGACGCGUGUCUCCAGUUUCGCACAACUUCCUUCAUCUCGUUGAAGGACAAGGGCAACAUCGGCAAGAUCCUCCGCAACUGGCCCCGCGUCGACGAGGCUCGUAUCUCGGUCGUCACCGAUGGCUCUCGUAUCCUCGGUCUUGGUGACCUGGGUGUCAACGGCAUGCCCAUUUCCAUCGGCAAGCUCUCCCUUUACGUCGCCGGUGCUGGUAUCCGUCCCGAGUCGACGGUUCCCAUCUGCCUCGACAUGGGCACCGACACCCAACGCUACCUCGACGACCCUCUCUACCUCGGCCUCCGCCAGCGUCGCCCGUCUCUCGAUGAGGCUAUCGAGUUCAUGGAUGAGUUCAUGCACGAGAUGUCUGUUGUCUUCCCCAAGCUUCUCAUCCAGCACGAGGACUUCUCUAGCGCCAAGGCCUUCGCGUUCAUCGAUCGCUACCGCGAUCAGUACCCGCUCUUCAACGAUGACAUUCAGGGCACGGGCGCCGUCGUCCUCUCUGGUUUCUUAAACGCCGCGAAGCUCUCCUCUGCCGCGUCUGGCCGCCCGCUCACGGACCACAAGAUCCUUUUCCUCGGCGCCGGCUCUGCAGGUGUGGGUGUUGCGAUGCAACUCAUGAGUUUCUUCAAGCUCCAGGGCCUGUCGGACGAGGAGGCACGCAGCCGCAUCUACCUUUGCGACUCGCAGGGUCUAAUCUACGAUGCACGUGGACCGAUGGCGGAGCACAAGAAGUUCUUCUCGCGCAAGGACUACGAGGGCCCGCCGAUGAAGGAUCUGACCAACAUCGUCAACUACGUCCAGCCGACGGCGCUCCUCGGGCUCUCGACCACGAAGGGCGCGUUCAGUGAGUCCGUCAUCCGCGCGAUGUCGGCGCUCAACGCGCGCCCGAUCGUUUUCCCGCUCUCGAACCCGGUGCGCCUCUCCGAGUGCGAGUUCCACGAGGCGGUGGAGUGGUCGAACGGCAACGUCCUCUUCGCCUCCGGCUCGCCGUUCCCAGAGGAGGCGUUCGACGGCCACAUGCUCUACCCCGGCCAGGGCAACAACAUGUACAUCUUCCCCGGCCUCGGUCUGGGCGCGAUCAUCGCGCGCGCCUGCAAGGUCACGGACUCGAUGGUGGAGGCGUCGUCGCUCGGGCUCGCGAACUCGCUUACGGCGGCGGAGCGCGAUGACGACCUGCUCUACCCGCGCGUUGAGCGGAUCCGCGAGAUCUCGGGCCAGAUCGCGCUCGCGGUGAUCCGCGCGGCGCAGAAGGCGGGCGUCGACCGCUCGUCCGAGCUCCGCUCGAUGGGCGACCGGGAGCUGCUCGCGUUCGUGCAGGAGCGCAUGUGGCACCCGUGA